CUCCAGGACCGCGGCCGGACCUGCCCCACAGCCUCGCCAUGAAGGGUCCCCUGCUCGGAGCCAUGUUCUCCAGGCACGUCAAGAGACACCCCGGACUCAUUCCCCUCAUUGGCUUCAUCAGUGUCGGCAUGGGCAGUGCCGUCCUGUACCUGCUGAGGCUGGCCCUGUACAGCCCGGAUGUCAGCUGGGAUCGGAAGAAUAAUCCUGAACCCUGGAAUAAACUGAGCCCCACGGACCAGUAUAAAUUUCUGGCAGUUUCCACCGACUACAAGAGCCUCAAGAAGGAGCGGCCCAGUUUCUGAGCUGGGGCUGGGAUGUGCCUCAGCCCCAUCAACCUCUCCUGCCCCACAGCUCCACGACACUCGCUGCCUCCCCAGCACCCCCAAUCCAUGGGGCUGGGCCCCCAACCUGCAAUAAACCACAUCACUGAGGAGCGAUGCACUCACCGGUACCUGGCACGCUGCUGUCACCAUCCUGCCUUGCCUAUAUGAAACUCAUAGCACAGUAAUAAACUAUUUGGAGUGGAGAGUGGGGCA